AUGAUUUCUUCAAUUCAGUAUUUUUCAAAUCAAUGGAACUUGUUUCUCCAACUUGAUAACCCCUCAAAUCCAAAAUCCGUCAACCCAAAAUCCAUCAAAUAAAAAUCUGUCAACCCAAAAUCCAUCGAACCAAAAUCCAUCAAACCAAAAUCCGUCAAACCAAAGUCCGUCAACCCAAAGUCCGUCAACCCAAAAUCCAUCAACCCAAAAUCCAUCAAACCAAAAUCCAUCAACCCCAAAUCCAUCAAAUCAAAAUCCGUCAAACCAAAAUCCGUCAAACCAAAAUCCAUCAAACCAAAACCGGUCAAACCAAAGUCCGUCAAACCAAAAUCCGUCAACCCCAAAUCCAUCAAACCAAAAUCCAUCGACCCAAAAUCCAUCGAACCAAAAUCCAUCAAACCAAAAUCCGUCAAACCAAAGUCCGUCAACCCAAAGUCCGUCAACCCAAAAUCCAUCAACCCAAAAUCCAUCAAACCAAAAUCCAUCAACCCCAAAUCCAUCAAAUCAAAAUCCGUCAAACCAAAAUCCGUCAAACCAAAAUCCAUCAAACCAAAAUCUGUCAAACCAAAGUCCGUCAAACCAAAAUCCGUCAACCCCAAAUCCAUCAAACCAAAAUCCAUCGACCCAAAAUCCAUCGAACCAAAAUCCAUCAAAUCAAAAUCCAUCAAACCAACAUCCAUCAAACCAAAAUUCCUCAACCCAAAAUCCGUCAAACCAAAAUCCAUUGACCCAAAAUCCAUCAAACCAACAUCCAUCAAACCAACAUCCAUCAAACGAAAAUUCCUCAACCCAAAAUCCAUCAAACCAAAAUCCAUCAACCCAAAAUCCAUCAAACCAACAUCCAUCAAACCAAAAUUCCUCAACGCAAAAUCCAUCAACCCAAGAUCCGUCAAAUCAAGUCCAUCAAAUCAGAAUUCUGUCAAAUCAGUCAUCCAUCAAAUCAAUAAUCAAUCGAGUCAACAUUAA